GCCUGAACUUCUCUCUCAGAUCCCUCAUUCAACCGCAAUGGCCCCCACAAAGAAAGCUGGUGUCCUCGGCGCAACUGGCAGCGUAGGCCAGAAAUUCAUCCUCCUGCUCUCCGAGCAUCCAGAGUUUGAGCUCUACAAACUCGGCGCGAGCUCACGCUCUGCCGGCAAGGCUUACAAAGACGCCGUCAAGUGGCGACAGACUGCGACUAUCCCGGAACUUGCGCAGAACCUCGUCGUUGUCGACUGCAAGAGCAGCGAGUUUGCAGACUGCGAUGUCGUUUUCUCUGGUCUGGAUGCUGAUGUUGCUGGAGAUAUUGAGAAGGAAUUCUCGGAAAAUGGACUGGUGGUCAUCUCAAACGCAAAGAACUACCGACGCGUUCCUGACGUUCCCCUCGUCGUCCCGCUCGUCAACACCUCCCAUCUCGAUGUGAUCUCGCGUCGCAUCAAGGCCGCCAACGAGCAAAACCUCCCCAAAUCAAAGCGCGGCUACAUCAUCUGCAACUCUAACUGCUCCACCGCCGGCCUCGUCGUGCCGCUCGGCGCGCUCAUGGAAAAAUUCGGUCCGAUCUCUACCGUCACCGUUACUACCAUGCAGGCCAUCUCCGGUGGCGGAUUCUCCCCCGGCGUCCCCGGCUUUGACAUCCUCGACAACGUCAUCCCCUUCAUCUCGGGAGAAGAGGAGAAGCUUGAAUGGGAAACCAAGAAAAUCCUCGGCAACGUCGGCGACGACGACACGUUCGUUCCCCUCUCCGACAUGAAGGUCUCCGCGCAAUGCAACCGCGUCGCCGUCACCGACGGCCAUCUCGAGUGCGUCUCCAUGGCGUUCGCGUCCGACAAGAAGCCCUCGCUCGAGCAAGUCAAGCAGGCUCUUCGCGACUUCCGCUCAGAAGUCCAGGUCCUCAACUGUGCUUCCGCUCCCAAGCAGGCCAUCCACGUGCUCGAAGAAAACGACAGACCCCAGCCCCGUCUCGACCGUGACCGCGACAGCGGAUAUGCGGUCUCUGUCGGACGUAUCAGAGAAGAUCCGGUCUUGGACUUCAAGUUCGUCGUACUCUCUCACAACACCGUCAUUGGCGCCGCUGGUUCUGGCAUAUUGAUCGCCGAGACUCUUUUGGGCCGCGGAUUGCUGUAAAAAGAAAAGUUCCCAUAUCUUGAAUUAUAGAUAGUCCUAAUGAAAUAUACACCCUUCUUUGUUUAUAAA